AUGCCUCCGCCUCCGCCUCCUCCUCCGCCGCCCGCUUCCACCGCCGCCGCCCCCGCCUCGCGCGCGGCAAUGCUGCACUCGGUCAACACCCUCGCCUCAUUCAGCGACACCCUCGCCGACUUCCUAGAUCAGUGGAACUCCGUCGUCCUCGACGUCGCCUCCAUCGCCGCCACCUUCGCUGUCCUCUUCCCGGGGCCCCGUUCCAACCCUAAACCCUACCUUCCCGCCCCCGAGCCCCAGCCCCAGACCGGUCCCGCGCCGGAGCCGGACAGGGAGCCCGAGCCCACUCUCGCGCCACAGCCGGACAGAGAGCCCGAGCCUACUCUCGCGCCACAGCCUGAACCCGCACCCAAUGCCGCGCCGGCGCCGGAGACGCAGUGGGAGCGGGAGCCCAGUCCCUUCCCGGAGCCCGCACCCGCAACCCAGCCCAGUCCCGCUCCGGAGCCCCAGCCCGAGUCCGCACCCGCACCUCUACCCAACCCCGACCGCGAGCGCAAGGACGGCGGCGGCGACGCAUACGCGGCGGAGCUCGAGCACAGGUGCCAGCAGAUGAACUGCAGGGGUGUCCGGCGCUUCGUCACCGCCCAAGUGCGGGACGGCGGCGGCGAGUGGCUGCGCCAGGUGGGGCCGGGCGCGCUGCGGCGCGCCCCGGACCCCGCCGCGCUCGUGCUCCGCGCCGUGGGCCGCUACUACAUCCGCGCCGAGAGCCCCGACGUGGAGGCCGCCUGCACGCUCCUCCUCGAGCUCUACGUGCGCGCCGGGUGCCCGCGCCUCCGGGGGCAGGGGAGGGAGGUGGCGGAGCUGCUGCUGCGGCAGGAGGCCCGCGAGGCCGCGCUGACGUGGCGUAGCCGCCUCCUACGCGUCAGCGGCGGCGGGGUCGGCGAUGCGCCCGGCGCUGCGGGCGCCCGCGGCCUCGCUCUCUUCAUGGCUGCCUUCGGGGUGCCGGUCGAGUUCCCUGCGCAGGAGCUCUGCGACCUUGUAGACGCUGCCGACGUCUCCGCCUGCGUCGAGGUGCUCAAGGCCUCCAAGCUCUUUGUCAGGAAGAUGCGGGGUGAGAAAAAUGAAAUCUACUUCCCUCUUCUUCCCCUGAACCCUGAUAACAUUCAAGCGUUUCAGAUUUUCCAUGUUCCAAUUCAGAUUUCAGAUCCUUUCAAUGUUGUUAUCGAAAUGAUAAAUAAGGCCAUGUAUCUUCAGGCAAUGCGCAUCAUCCUUGCAUUUGAAUUUCAGGAAGCUUUCCCUCUUGCACCAACACUCGCUCUCAUCAUUGAGAAACUUGAGCACGAUACAAAAGACGAGAGUGAGGGGCAGGCAUCGGAGCGUGAUGAGGAGGACUUGGCACUUUUGAGUUCAAUAUCCAAAUGCAUAGAGGAUCACAAGUUAUCCCCCUCAGAAUUUACUAGCUUCGCUGCGAAGAUUGCGCUGUUAGAAGAGCGUGUUGGGAAGCCAAAACAAGCCUGUACAGGAGUUAAGCGGAAGAGAUCAGAGGAGUGUGUCGAGUAG